AGAGUUAAGAGCCAGUUAGAGCCAGUGUAAGCGUGGUGUAGAACGGGUGUUGUUAUUUUGAAGAAAUCGAUUAAAUCUCCUCUACAGUUCUAAAAUGGCUAAAAUAGAUUUAACGUUAUUAAAAAGCAAAUUUCGUGGAUCGAUGCUUGGAGUAUUAACUGGAGAUUGUCUCGGUCAUCCAUAUGAAGGAGAUGAAUUAUUAACCAGUGGAAUGAAAAUCAUCCUUCAAAAGUACUUUGAUAAAUUGGAAGGACCUCCAUAUAAAGGUGUAUAAGGAAUUCAUAUAACUAUAUAAUAAUUAUUAUGAUUCUUCAGUGAAAAUCAUGUAUACAAAGAUUAUUAUCUGUAAACUAUUUACAUGUUACUCAAGUAAAGAUACUUCAACGAUAAAUUUUAUUGCCUACAAAAUUAUUUCUCAAUGAAACAUGUAUUAAGUAGCCCCUGCAAUGCAGUUUACAGAUGAUUCUGUAAUGACACGAUCAAUAGCGCAGUCGUUGAUUGAGAAACGACAGCUUGAUCUUUUGGAUAUUGCAAAACGAUUUGUCAAAUCCUAUUAUGAAGAACCAAAUCGGGGAUAUGGACCUGCCGUAAUGACUGUUUUUGAAAAACUUCGUGCCAAUAGAUUUUCAGACUUAUUUACUCCUGCGAAGGAACAAUUUAAUGGUCAGGGGUCAUGGGGUAAUGGAGGUGCUAUGCGUAUUACACCUAUAGCUCUGUUCAGCCACCAGAAUAUUGACCUUCUUUUAGAAAUGACGAGAAAAGAGACACAGCUGACACAUACAAAUAAAAUAGGUGUGGAUGGAGCUAUAUUACAGGCAAUUGCUAUUCGUCAGAGUCUUCUUUUGAAUCCGGACAAUGAGCUUGAUGUUAAACAAUUUAUUGAUGAUUUAAUUAGUCAAAUGGACACAAUAGAAUUUGAUGAGGAAGGUUUAGGCCUAGUCGAACCUAAACCAUACAAAAUUCAGCUAUCCCUAGUUAAGACAUUAAUAUCUGAGGGUGAAGCAGCUAAUGCAGAAAAGGUUGUUCAAAAACUUGGUACUAGUGUUGCUGCAUUAUAUUCUGUGCCCACUGCUAUAUACUGCUUUCUAAGAGCACAAAAUCAAAUAGAAGGUAUAAUAACGGACAACCCAUUCAGAAGAACCAUACAAUAUGCUAUAAGUUUGGGUGGAGAUACUGAUACAAUUGGCGGCAUGGCUGGUGCAUUGGCUGGUGCUUUUUAUGGUGACAAAAUAAUUAAUCCUGCUAUACUGAAGCACCUCGAAGCCUCAGAAGAAUUUCAGCUUCUUGGAGAAAAAUUAUCCGACGUGACAUUAUCGCAAUAAUCAUCAGAACACACAUCUCAAUGUAUAUAUCAAUAUAUUUAAUAUACAGAGUGUAUCAGCUACGUAAGAUGCAUAUUUUCGGUUUGCGGUGAAACAGUGAACGUUUUUAAAAAUAUCAUGUGACAACCAUUGAUAUUUUUUAAUUAGGCAUCGAUUGCGUAUACUAUUGUUCGUGUUAACGGAAGAACCGACGUAGGCACCAUCAGUAAGCGAAAGAGAGAGAGAGAGAAGAAAGUUUUUAAAAACAUUUUUAUUACUAAUAAAGACUCUUCUACUUAUGAA